GGGAACGCGGCCCGGCUUUACCGGGCCCGGCUUCACCCCGGCCCGGCUUCACCCCGGCCCGGCUCCACCCGCGGCCGCUCCGGGCCGGGGCCGUGAGGGCGGCAGAGGCGGCCCCGGGCGCCGCCGGCUCUGUCCCCCACCGCCAUCCAUCCCCCGCCGCCAUCCAUGCCCCGCUCCCGAGGAAGGAAGAAGAAUGUCCCAAAAACAGCUGAAAGAAGCCUUUAUCAGCAACCUAAAUGGAACGAGUUUGCUGGAAAUUUCCGCAGGCUUGUCCCUGGCUCCGCUGUGCCUGCUCUGCAGAGGGCUCCUCCUGAUCCUGUACUACCUGCACCACGGAAAACCUGUAAGCUCAAGGAAGUACAGCCUGCUGCUCGACUUCCUGGUGCUGGUGUCUCCUCUCCUGUUCUCCUGCACUGUCUUGUCUCCAAUCAUCUUUUUCAUGCCAGUUAUCCUUGCUGCCUUCUGCGCUGGAAUAUUUUCCAAAAUAUACAGCCAGAGAAAACGGGAGGCCAGAGCGCCCUUUGGGCAAAUUGUAAAAGAAUUCCAGAAGACAUACUUGGAUCCUGAGUACAUUCCAGCAGUAACUGUGUUCCGUGUUUAUGUCAACGUGCUGACAUCCAUCAGCAUUUUGGCCGUGGAUUUCCCGCAGUAUCCCCGGCGAUACGCCAAGGCCGAGACCUACGGCACCGGGGUUAUGGAUUUGGGCGUUGGAGCCUUUAUCUUUGGAAAUGCUCUCGUUUGCCCUGAGGUUCGACAGAAGUCUUACAUGACACAACCCAGGUUUUCCAAUCUGGCCAGGCAGAUGUUUUCCGUGUGGCCGCUGAUUUCCCUCGGUGUUGGGCGGCUGCUGAGUGUUAAAUCCAUCGAGUACCAUGAGCACACCUCGGAGUACGGCGUGCACUGGAAUUUUUUCUUUACCUUGGCAUUUGUGAGACUUGCAGCAUCUGUGCUUUUAGCCAUAUUUCCCAAACAUAAGGCUUGGCUUGUGGCUCUAGCUCUGGCUGUACUUUAUCAGCUCCUUCUCAGCACUACCUCCCUGAAGGUGUUCAUCCUGCACGGGAGCGACGGCAGAGACUCCCGGCUCGGCUUCCUCGAUGCCAACCGGGAAGGGCUGCUCUCCCUCCUUGGAUACCUGGCCAUCUACCUGGCGAGUGUGCAGGUGGGGCUGUGGCUGCUGCAGCGCAGGGCCUCGGUGAGGGGCUGGCUGGAAGCCCUGAGGGGGCUGGCUCUGGCAGUUCUCGUGCUGUUCGUGCUUCUCCAGCUGUGCCAGGCGUGCACGGAGCCCGUGUCCCGCCGUGUGGCCAACCUGCCCUUCUGCACCUGGGUGCUUGCCCACUGCCUGCUGCUGCUGAGCUUGUUUGUGCUCACUGACCUCACCCUGGUGUUCACAAAGCUGCUGGUGAAGGGCUCCAGCGUGCCCUGCUGCUGGAAGGUUGUGCAGCCCCCUGAUUCCAGUAAAAAACACGGAAUGGGGGCCGUGCCAGUGGGAAGGGAAGACAAGCUGUCACGGCUAUGCUUGAUUAGUGCUAUUAACAAAAAUCAAUUACUGUUUUUCUUGCUAGCAAAUGUUAUGACUGGUGCUGUGAACAUCCUGAUAGACACAAUCCACAGCAAGGCUGCCUUUACAUUAUGCAUACUGCACUUGUACAUGUUUUUUAACUGUUUAAUUAUGUAUGUAUUGCAUGCCAGAAAUAUAGUAUUAAAGUUUUGGUGAUUCCCUCUGGCUGAGUGGACUAGCUGGACUUUGUUUGCUUUGGUUGAAUGAUGGUAUUUAAUGGAAAAAUUAGUAUUUUUCUGGAUGUGUUGCAAUAAUUUAUAGUUUAGUAGAGCUUUUUAUUAUUUAGUGUUGAUUACUUUUUAAUGGUUCAUUUUACCAAAUUAUAUGGUCCGUGCUCUUACCUGUUGAGAGUUGUUGCACAUUAUCCUGAAAACUUAGGUUUGGAGAUUGCUGAAUAUUCCUGCUGCUCCUGAGAGUAAAUUGUAUUUACAGUUAGUGAACUGUGCUCAGACCCAAGGAAUUAGAUAACAAGGUAGAGUAGAAACCAGAUGAAAAGUAAGAGGAUAAGUAAUUAUAUGGAGAGAGAGGCCUAGCUGUCAAGAUUUACCUAGUUAAGGCCCUUGCGUAAAUAAUAGAUAAGAAUAAUUCUUUAUAUAAAAUGUAUUGAAUAAGUGGAUACUUGAAAAUGUUUUGGCCCCAGUCCUGCAGGGACUUAUGCAUAUGCUUGACUUUGAUGGUAGUAAUUGUGGAAUGUUAAUCAUACACUGAAACCUAAAUUAGCCUUUGAAUUAAAGCUAAAUUUUACUUCCAUCCCCACUGAUGAAUAUAAAUGAAGACCCGAGAUAAAGUGCGAUGCUCUGAACGAUAAACUCAACUGCAGAUGGAUUCAUAAAGCAGUUGUUGGAGGUUGUGGUGUAGAUAAUAGGAGCAACACAGCCUUUUAUAAGAAAAUACAAGGAUACCAAACUAAUUCAGCCCCAGCCUGCAGGCCAGCACGUUGUGACAGCUCAUCUUUAGGACUGCUGUAAAGUAUGCUCUUCAGGUCUACUUUGAAAGUACUCAAGUCCCACCUACUUGUCUGUAAAAUUACUUUAAACAGCAGCUCAUUGAAUACUCUAUUUUGCCAGCUGAGAUGUGUCCAAGGGUGGACAUUUGGUGUCAAUUUUUAUUAGCAUACAAACAGGGUGCAAAUGGAAAGAAGUGCAGUGUACUGGGUCAGAGUUCUGGCAAUGGCUUGAGAAGGGAACUGCUCAGUUUCUCAGUCUUCCUUGCAAGCCCAGAGCUGAACACCGUCUUUGUUCCCUUUCCUGACUGUGACAGUUCUUCCUGACCUCAUAAAGUCAUUGGGAAGAGAAAUACACUUAAAGAUUGUGAGGAAUUCAAUAAUGGGAUAUAAAUACUUGAGGAGUAGAAUACCAAUGGUAGUUGAUGAUAGAUGUCUAAUGUAAGUGGAGUUACAGCAGUACACAUGGGCCAUAUUUCAUAUUUCUCCUUGUCUAUCACAAGUGAUGAAUCAUAAAACCUUUGGAGAAUAAGCCUCUAAAUCAGAUUCCUUAAGACAGACAUGCUGUGGAAGAGUCAUAAAUUUAUGAGGUUCUCCAAGCCCCUGGCCAGCAGAAAGGUGAAGUCUGAGGAUUACAGGCUGUGGCCAUGCUGAGUUCAUGCUUGUUUGCUUCCAGCUUAAAGCCAUGUAGUCUUGAGAAUUAAAGCAAACCAGCCUGUAUUAUCCUGGGGACAAAUGCAAGAACUGGCAACAACCUCUUAGAAACAGUUGUCAGUUUAUAGCAGAGUUUUCUGGUAACUGGUGGAUGUGUUUAUUUUAAAAGACUUCCUAGGCUUGCCUAGGGAAGAAAGGUCUCCCUCGUGAACCGACUGGCACUACUCAUUUAUGCAAAAUUACUCAUGGAUAUUUAUUUCUGAAAUAUUUAAAGCCCGAGACCUGCAGCGAGUUCUGCCUGUGAGCACAAGCCUAUCGGUGUGAUUCAGAACGAAUUGGGUGUGACAAGCAGAGCUGUGUCUGGACAAGCACAGGGCAUCCAGGUGCCAACUGCAGCGGGUGAAGCAGAGAGGACGUGGGAGGUCUGGUGGGUGAGCUCCACACGGGCUGGUGGUGCCAGUUCCAGGGCUGCAGCUGUGGUUGCCACAACAGCAGCAAACCGAGGGGAUCGUGGUGCACCAGAGUGAGAACAACCCUCUCACCAACGCCAGCUUCUCAUCCUGAGGACUUCUCCUGCUUCUAAAGCCCUGAGAAGUAAGGCAGAGGUUGUAGCCAGGUGGGUUUGGUCUCUUCUCCUAGGCAGCAAGUGACAGAAAGAGGACAUGGCCUCAAGCUGCACCGGGGCGGUCCAGGUUGGACAUCAGGAGGAAUUUCUCCAUGGAAAGUGUGGUCAGGCACUGGAAGGUGUCCAAGGAAUGACUGGAUGUGGCACUCAGUGCUCUGGGCCGGUUCACAAAGUGUGGAUCAGUCACAGGUUUGACUUGAUGAUCUCAGAGGUCUUUUCCAACCUAAAUGAUUCUGGGAUUCUGUGAGUUUUUCACCAGUGAAUUAAUGCGAGACAAUGAAUUCUCAUUGCUUGUUGUCGAUAACAAAUGCAGCGAGCUCUGCCCUGAAGCAACUGGUGUAGUUGUGAAUGCCUAUGAACACAAGAUAAUUGCCCAAGCCUCUGAAAGAACCCAGAGAUGCAAGCGAGCAUCCUUUGAUCACAGGACGAGCAAAUAGCUCUGUUUGGGUUUGAAAAGACGUGAAAAGUGAACACCAGGACACCGCUGUUCUCCACACACCUCCACAGCUGUUGGCUGGAAGGAACAGGAACUCUGCAUUUCACCUCACUCUGGGCUGUGCUUAGACAAAGAACUCUUUGUACAGAUUAAAGGUAUAUUUUUUUAAAUCAGAAACUUUUAUUUAGUUGUUACAUAAUGAGUAAAAGUUUAAGGUAUUUCGAGUAGGAAGACGAAUGGUUCAAUCGUGUCACCUACUUCAGCAAUAGUAAAGCAGAGGAAAACAGAAAUUAUUUUGUCUUUGCUGCCGUAAUUCCAUCCAAUGACCUGUCUGUGGGGAUGCAGGGUAGAAAAAUGCUGGGAUAUGGUGGGAGAGUAGAGCUGAUUAUAUUUAUCCUUAACCUUUCAUUAAACAUCACUAACAAGAAUUCUUUACACUUCUCAUUAUUUUUAAGGAUCAACUCUAGCAUGCCUCCUCCCCCAACUGCAGUGGUGUCUCUUUUGAAGUCAAAUGUUACCCUAAAGAUUCCAGGCAGGAUCCUAUUUCAAAGCCACAUUGUCCCAGAGAACAGGUAUUUCUUCCAGGCAAAGAGGGGCAUGCAAAUGAACGCAGGAAGGGGCUGGCUGCUUUUUCCACCGUGUUGGAGAUAACAAACAAGCUGCGUGUUCCAGCAACUUAAAAACAACUUUAAAAAUCCAUGGAUAAAAAUUGUAUGAAAUGUAAUGGUGCUUCUUAUAUGAACGUGCACUCCGAGAAUACAAAAUUUGGGGCACUGCUGUUUGUUGAUGUCAUCCAACCAUGUUCUGAGCGUGGGGAGUGACACGGGAACGCACAUCCCUGCAAAGACCUAAGUUCAUCGUGGUUCAGAGUGCUCUGGUGUAAGAAACUAUCCCUCGUUACAAAAUCCCAGCUUUUCUGCUGCAGGAAACCAUGAAAACACCGACUGCAAACCGUGCAGCACCGUGACUCCACACGUUGUUCCCGCUAGAGCUGCUGCACGAGGAGCUCAAGUAAAUUAACUCCUCCACUCAACAUCAUUUUUAUGCAGACACAAGAAAAAAUAAAGAAUCCUGCUCCUUAA